AUUUUUUUAAUUUUGACAUAAGCUGUUCAAGCUGGGGAUGGACAUCUGUGGGGUUGCUGGCUUGGGCUGUGCUGCUGUUGGCAGGUGUCUUCCCCAGUGCCACAGCAUGUCACCUGGGUGGCAGCAUCAGGGAAAUGGCCAGCUCUGCAGUGUAUGCAGCUAUCCCAAAAUGGUAGACUGGAUUUAACCCCAUACAGCUCUGUCUUGUGUCAGGGGCUCCUGGGAAGAACCUCUGGAUUCACCUCCCCUUUGUCAUCCACCUCACUGACCUGGUGCCUUCCUGCUGGAGAGGGAUGAUCUCUGAGGAAGGUGGCAGGGAUUUAGCCACACUCCCUAAAUACCUUGUGUUUUCCUGUCUGGAGUGCAGCCUAAGGGUGUGCUGGUACUUAUUUCUGGAGCAGUGGAGCAUCUCAGCCAUGUGUAGGCCUGAAAGGAAAGGGGAGGGAGGUAGCCUGCAACUUCAGAGCCCAGCUGCAUUGGGCUUCUCCGGGCACUUUACAAGAUGUUGGUGCAGAUUCCAGUACAAGAUUCUACUGCAGAUGUGGAGUUGCAUUUUUCUAGUUCAGAGAUCUCUGUGGAAGAAUUAAUACUUUGCAUCAGCUUAGGUCCUUGAAGUCUCAAGGAGUUGACUUGUAGUCUUAUUUGAGGUCAAGUAUCAUUAUCAAGUAUUUUCUCUUUCUUUUCUGUCCCCAAAUGGGCAGGAGUCUGUUUCAUCAGAGAGUAUCUCUUCUCUUGGGAAAUUACUUGUCUGUCUUUCCUGUCUUCUCUUCAGCCUUUAAUGACCUUAUGCAGAUCACCUCCUCCCUGCCCAGCUUCCUCUCCCCACAGCAGUGCUCCCAGCAUUGCUGAACACUGCCUUGCUCUCCCCUUUCUGUCUCCUAAAGGAUGACUGGAGCAGAGGGCUUGAUUCCUCUUUAUGGUUUCUGUCUUGCUGCAUCUGCUUUCCCUGCUCUUUCCCAAGUCUUCUUGGUCACAGCUGAGCAAACCCUGCCAGGGGACAUCUCAUGCUGACACGUGGACCUCUUCAUUGGCAGAUUAGACUGUUUGACAGCUCACAGCUCAUUGCAGGUUGUAGGCACUCUCUGCUGCAAAUCAUUCUGUCUGUCACACCCAUACAGCUUGCACAGCACCCAUGCUGGAUGCUGUGGAGCUUGCAUUAGCUCUCUGCCCUUGACUAGCCUCUAUGUUUGUUUUUCCUUUCCUUCUGCUGCUUAUCUCUGGUUCCUUCACAUUAACAAAUAUAUUAAAUAAUCUCAUGGGAAAAAGGAUGUGCCAGUGCCAAGAAAUCCUUAACUUCUGUAUUUGUCAUGAUUAACCCUGUUCAGCCUGCAUCCACUGAGGCCACCUGAGCAGGGCAGUUGGACCAGGCAAUCUUCAGAGAUCCCUCCCAGCCUCAGCUGUUCUGUGAUUCUGUGAUCCAGCAGUUCUAUCUCACAUGCAGCUUCACUCAAGUCUUCAGCCUGGAACUGGCAUAGAUUUGUCACCUCGGGAUGGCAAAUGCUGAGCAGCUGUGGCAGCUGCUUGGCUACUUGUGUGUGUGUGUGAGUCUGCACGGCUCCACUGUCUGGGCCAAAAGUCUGUAUCUCCUGUUACCUGGUCCCUCAGCAGAUGAGAGUGGGUGCUUUGGAAAGAGCAGGGCAAGUGCCUGUUAUCCCUCAUUUAAUGCUCCUCCUUUCUCUGACACUUGGUGCUGUGAGAGCCUCCAUGAGUUUCCCCAGCUGUUUGUUGAAUCCUGCCUUCUAACUGGCUCUUGUGGUUGCAGGAAGCUGCACACUGGGAUUUUGUGUCCACUCCUUUAGUCUGCUUCUCUCUUGACAUUGCUGGUCCUUUUCCCUGCUGUGUUGGUGCCUCCUGCUCAGGGGCAGAAUGCGGUGGGUGCCUGUAGGCUCCUACAGUGUGCUGGGACUUCUCUGGAUGGGCAGAGCAAGGAGAGCAGUGCACACACACUGGGACAUGUGGUUGAGAAGAGGGGCAAAUGGCAGCUGUGUGGACAGCAGUGAAUGUUGUAAGUAGGAAACUUGUCAGUGUCCCAGGCCAGUUACACAGCAGGGAUGUACCUGCAUUGCAGCCAACAACCAUCUGCUCCAAUGGCUUUUGGACUGAUGUAGCAGCUCCAGCUCUAUGGACUUCCCAUUUUAGGUUUAAUUUUAUUAUAUCUUUGCUGCUUGUUCUUAAUUGUUACUGAUAACUCCCUUUCACCUCCCUAUAAGUGACUUGCUGAAGUUUGCCUUGAUCCUAUUCUCACUUUUUUUCUUUCAUGAUAGAAGAGGACUUUUGAACCUUGCACCAUUUCCCUUCCCCUCCAGCCUUUGUUUCCUCAUGUCUGUGCUGAGAGAUGUUUGUACAGUGGCGGGUACUUUUUCUUGCAGUUUUAUCUGUGGUCUUUGUGUGCUGUGUUUUAGCCCUGACCAGUGGCUGAGCCUGCCCGGAGGGAAUCCAGCCUAGGGCAUGUUAUGGGCCUAUUUGUGCCAUUUUCUUCUUGUACUAAUAAUCCACACAUUCAUUAAUCAAAAUUCAGCUAAAAGCAAACCUUGAUCUGCUGUUCUCCAGAGAAAUGUGUCCAUGGGAUCACAUCACUGUCAUUGCAGCCAGCUCCUGUUCUUCUGGUGCUUUGCCUCUCAGGUGUCUUCCCUUCCUGAUCUACACCCCAGCAGCCUAUUCUUCUGGGAAGGAUUCAUAUAUUUUGUUUUCUAUAAUGCAGAUUCUGUUUAUUCUCUGCCUUUGCCCUUCCUGGGGGAGAAUGUCUGCCUUGAUUCGUACCCCUGUAGGUGACGGGACUGUAGGGUGAGCUGGCCCUGUGCUGUGUCACGAGGCCCUGUCACUGGUUGUAAUGGGAUGUGUCUGUGCCCCUGCAGCCCAGGAAGCCGUGUCCCCUGCUAUGAUGCCAGGGCAGAUCCCCGACCCGUCGCUGACGGCCGGAGCGCUGCCUGGGCUGGGCCCGCUGACGGGGCUGCCGGGCGCGGCCCUGACCGCCGAGGAGCUCAAGUGCGCCGACAUCCGCAACAUCGGCGCCAUGAUCUCGCCGCUCCAGUUCCUGGAGGUGAAGCUUGGCAAGAGACCCCAGCCUGUCAAAAGUGAGCUGGAUGAGGAAGAAGAGAGGAGGAAAAGGCGCCGGGAGAAAAACAAAGUAGCGGCAGCGCGAUGUCGUAACAAGAAGAAGGAGAGGACGGAGUUCCUGCAGCGGGAGUCCGAGCGUCUAGAGCUCAUGAAUGCUGAGCUGAAGGCCCAGAUAGAAGAGCUGAAACAGGAGAGGCAGCAGCUCAUCCUGAUGCUGAACCGGCACCGUCCCACCUGCAUUGUGCGGACAGACAGCAUCAAGACGCCCGAGAGCGAAGCCAACCCACUGCUGGAGCAGCUAGAGAAGAAGUGAAGGUGGCACAGGACCACGAGGAGGAGACAGUGGCACAGGGUCUUCCAGGGUCUCUAAUGUAUGUACUGUAUGAAGAACUGUGCACCCAGGCCUGGUGCAGCCAGGACCCAGUGGGCUUCCUUGGGAACUAUGGACCAAACAUGGGAACAGAGAAGAUCAGGAACCUGCCAACCAUGUACUCUGAGGCUGAACCUGGGAGCAGGGCUGGUGGUGCCAGUGAGGGCAGCCUCCCUGUGAUACAUCAUCACAGCCCUUCAGCCUGCUCUCAGCCCUGGGACCCACAAAGCCACAGCGUGUCCUGCAAGGAGCAGGCAGCCCGUGGGUAGCAGGGGCUGCGGGCUGAGGAGUGGCAGCUGGGCAGUGCCCACCAGCGCCCUGCCCAGAGGCUGCUGCUGCUCCUGGCACGCUCCAGAGGGAAACCCAAACCCAAGAACCACAAACACUUGAUGCAGCCCCAUCUGGUGGGCAGGCCUGUCGGGGCUCGGUGGCGCAGGCGCCCCCCACAAGCACACUCAGUAUAAUGUUUACAGCCCAGCUGUCCGUGUCGGCCGUGCUUUUGAAUGCACAUUUUUACACUUUUUUAAAGUAUUUUUUACAAAGUUUUUAUACAGUGAUCUCUAUAUGGAUUUAUAUAAUCACUAGAUGUGAUCCCAUAGAAAUGUAUGUUAUAAUGGUCUGUUUGUUACAAACACAUAUGCCACAGUUAUCUCCAUUGUGUUACUUGUCUGGUAGCAUCCAGCUCCUUUCCUGGCAUGCUGGGAAGGGGGUGCAAGCUGCCCUCUGCAGUGGUGUUGCUGCCCUCUCCAUCCAUGUAUGUCCUUCAUAAUACUCAGUUCUGUAUCUCAGUAAAUGUUACCUUUGCGUA